GGGCGUUCCGUGGAGUCGGGGUGAUCUGAGGGGUUCCACCACCGAUGGUGGCCGUGAUACCAUCACCACCGGGGACUACACAGACGGACGCGAGCACCGGCUGGUCCUCGAGGGAUUCGUGUUGCUUCUUAGCUGCUCUCAGGGCUGGUCCUUCCUACCGUUGAUUUUCCGUGAGGGAGGCGUCCCGGCUGGAUGGGAUGCGCCCCCAGAUCCCUGACAGUCCCGUGUUCUGGUCCCCCCCUCCCCCAGGUCAUGAAACGGGUGCGCACGGAGCAGAUUCAGAUGGCCGUGUCCUGCUACCUCAAACGCCGGCAGUACGUGGACACCGACGGUCCCCUGAAGCAAGGCCUGCGCCUGUCCCAGACGCCCGAGGAGAUGGCAGCCAACCUCACAGAGAUAUGUUUUUAAAAGAAGAAGAAUAAUUCUUUUUCCGUCCCCAUCUCUGUGUGUCUUCUCCGCCUUAGUCCAAACAGAGUCCGGCUGUGCCAACAUCGUGUCCGCCGCCCCGUGCCAGGCCGAGCCCCAGCAGUAUGAAGUGCAGUUCGGGCGGCUGCGGAAUUUCCUCACCGAUUCCGAUUCCCAGCACAGCCAGGAAGUGAUGCCUCUCCUGUACCCCCUCUUCGUCUACCUCCACCUCCACCUGGUCCAGAACAGCCCCAAGAGCACGGCCGAGAGCUUCUACAGCCGCUUCCACGGCAUGUUCCUGCACAACGCCGGCCAGAGGGACGUGGUCGAGCAGCUGCAGGCCACGCAGACGCUGCAGGACAUCCUGUCCAACCUCAAGCUCCGCGCCUUCCUGGACAACAAGUACGUGGUCCGCCUGCAGGAGGACAGCUACCACUACCUGAUCCGCUACCUCCAGAGCGACAACAACGCCGCCCUGUGCCGGGUCCUCACCCUGCACAUCCACCUGGACGUGCAGCCCGCCAAGAGGACCGACUACCAGCUCUACGCCGGCGGCGGCGGCGGCGGCGGAGGUGGCGGCUCCUCCUCGCGGGGCGAGGGCGGCGGCGGCCUGGAGCCCGCCGACGUGCCCGGGGGCCCGAUCCUGCAGAACGAGGCCGCCCUGGACGUCCUGCAGGAGAGCAUCCGGCGGGUCAAGGAGGGCCCGCCCUCCCUCACCACCAUCUGCUUCUACGCCUUCUACCACACGGAGCAGCUGCUGAACGCCGCCGAGAUCUCCCCCGACGGCAAGCUGCUGGCCGCCGGCUUCGACAACUCCUGCAUCAAACUCUGGAGCCUCCGGUCCAAGAAGUUGAAAGCCGAGCCCCACCAGGUGGACGUGUCCCGCAUCCGCCUGGCCUGUGACGCCCUGGAAGAGGAGGAGGAGGAGGAGGAGGCCGAGAUGAAGACGCUGCGGGGCCACUGCGGGCCCGUGUACAGCACGCGCUUCCUCGCCGACAGCUCGGGGCUGCUGUCCUGCUCCGAGGACAUGUCCAUCCGCUACUGGGACCUGGGGACCUUCACCAACACGGUGCUGUACCAGGGCCACGCCUACCCCGUGUGGGACCUGGACAUCAGCCCCUACAGCCUGUACUUCGCCAGCGGGUCCCACGACCGCACCGCCCGGCUGUGGUCCUUCGAUCGGACGUACCCGGUGAGGAUCUACGCCGGCCACCUGGCGGACGUGGACUGCGUCCGGUUCCACCCCAACUCCAACUACCUGGCCACGGGCUCCACCGACAAGACCGUGCGGCUGUGGAGCGCCCAGCAGGGGAACUCGGUGAGGCUGUUCACGGGCCACCGCGGGCCCGUGCUGUCCCUCGCCUUCUCCCCCAACGGGAAGUACCUGGCGUCGGCGGGCGAGGACCAGCGGCUGAAGCUGUGGGACCUGGCCUCCGGGAGCCUCUACAAGGAGCUGCGUGGCCACACAGACAACAUCACCAGCCUGGCCUUCAGCCCGGACAGCAGCCUGGUGGCCUCGGCGUCCAUGGACAACUCGGUGCGCAUCUGGGACAUCCGCAACAGCUUCUGCAGCGCGGCCGCCGACGGCUCCUCGGGCGAGCUGGUGGGCGUGUACACGGGGCAGAUGAGCAACGUCCUGAGCGUGCAGUUCAUGGCCUGCAACCUCCUCCUGGUGACGGGAAUCACGCAGGAAAAUCAGGAACAUUGAUCUUUUUUUUUUUUUUACACCCUCGUGGUGACGGACCGGGCAGCCGUGGAGCGAGGGCUCCGGGCUGCAUCUGACGAUGGAAUCACUGACUGACUGUGAAAGACUCCCCGCCUCUCCCCGUGUCCCGCGCGGGCAUCCUGGGCGCGGUCACCCCUUCCUCGGCCCCCCCAGUGUCCAGGACGCGGGGGCGGACGGG